CCCAAAUAAUAAUAAAAAAAAAUCCAAAUUUGAUAAAAAUGUCAGAAAUUGAAAACUUGGCGACAUCUUUAAUUAAUAUGAUUGAUAGAAAAAAUAUUUUCCCCCCUUUAUUUAAUAAUCCGGAAUCAUACAUUUCUCCAGUCGGUCCUCGAACAAAAAAACCUCCUAAUUCAUUUUUAAUAUGCAGAAUAAACGUACAUAAUGAAGCAAAACGAAAAGGAAUUUAUAGUAUGCGUGUCAUCAGUAAAGCCGCUAGUAUUUUAUGGAAACAAGCAUCCAGCGAAGAAAAAGCUGUCUAUAAGAAACUUUCUGAGCGUGUCUUUGAAAUUUAUUCUACUAAAAAAUCUGAAUAA